ACAGCGAUUGGAUACACUGGCAUCAUUGUGCCCAUGCUCCGCUACAUCUCUCCCGUCACAAUUGCUCCUGUUGUAGCUGCAAUCGGAUUAGGCCUCUACAAUGUCGGCUUUAACAAUGUCAGCAAUUGCUUUGCUAUUGGAUUGCUCCAGAUUGGAUUGACCAUCCUCUUUUCGCAGUAUCUCAAAAACAUCAAGAUUGGUGGCUACGCCAUCUUUGCCCUGUUUCCCAUUGUGUUGGCAAUUUCUUUGACGUGGAGUUUUGGUGCCAUCUUGACAGCUGCCGACGUUUGGGAAGAAGGUCACCUCUGUCGCACGGAUGGAGCACGCGAUUUGCUGAAGUCUACACCUUGGAUUCGCAUCCCGUAUCCUGGUCAAUGGGGAGCACCUCGAUUUGAAUCGUAUGCCAUUGUGCCAAUGCUGGGAAGCAUGGCGGCAGGAAUGAUCGAAUCCAUUGAUUGUCAGGCGCACCCACCUCCCACCGCUGGCAUUGUGAGCCGAGGAUUGGCGGGAGAAGGCAUUGGCAUUGUCUUGGCGGGUCUGUUUGGGACUGGCAAUGGCACUACAUCGUACUCGGAGAACAUCGGUGCCAUGAACUUGACAAGAGUUGGCAGUCGAGCUGUCAUCCAAUGCGGAGCCGUCGUGAUGAUCCUUGUCGGUGUCAUUUCCAAGGUGUCGGGACUGCUCGCUAGCAUGCCUUCAGCCCUGGUCGGUGGCAUUUACUGCUGCGUCUUUGGUCUCAUUGUGGCUGUCGGAUUGUCGACGCUUCAGGCCGGAGGCUACUUUAGCACCCAAGAGGAGAAUCCCUUUGGCGAUUCCAAUGGAGCUCAAAUAGCAUUGGCCAUUUUCAGUUCUCCCAUGAUCAUUGCACUCCUUUCAGCCUUCAUCUUGGACAACACGGUCCCCUCAAAGUCCAGAGAGGAACGAGGUCUGCAUGUUUGGGAUGCUGUACGAAACACGGACACUGUCAAUGAUCCCGAGUACAUCAAGGUCUACUCGUUACCCUUGGGUCUCUCGCGGAUCUUUCGCAAUUGCGUGUACUUGGAGUAUCCAAGCAUUGGCAGGAUUCCUCCGCCGCCAGAAGGAGGCUACAGAUCCGGUCGCGGUGACAUUGGUGAACUGUGCUGCUGGUUUUUACCAGGUUGUCGGGGAGCAGAGGACAACGAGGAUGAAGCUAUCAACGAUGUGACGGUGGAUAAGGGCGAAGAUCCUGAAGUCUGUGAUGCUACGGGGGAAAAUGGCAAUGAGAUGUCCGAAACCACGGCCUGA